ACAGCCCGCAUGCCCUGUUGCAGCAGACUCUACCUAUCAAUUACGGAACUCUCGCAAGAUCUCGUCGAGCCGGAAGUGACGUCACUGCGGGACAUUUGAAAAAUAGGAAAGAAAACAAAACAACCCUGAACGCAAUGUCUCGGCUGCUGCCGGAGGGGUCUGCGUAUGGGGAGAGCUGCGGGAGUUAUGUGUAAUAGAUAAUUGCAUGAAAACUGGAAAUGACGACAAAGCAGCUUGCAAAGCAGCUUGGACUAAUAAGGAGAAGCUCCAAAUUGUCUCUGAGUGCUAAGGGCUCCGACAGCCCCAAAUCUAAACAAUAUUUUGAAUACUUGAUUAUCAUUGACUUUGAGUCCACAUGCUGGAAAGAUGCUAAACAUUAUGGUCAAGAAAUCAUUGAGUUUCCAGCCGUUUUAUUAAACACAGCCAAUGGGGUAAUUGAGUCGGAAUUUCAGACUUAUGUGCAGCCACAGGAGCACCCAAUUCUUUCUGACUUCUGUACAGAGCUCACAGGAAUAAAGCAGCAACAAGUUGAUGAUGGAAUUCCUUUAAAGAUCUGCUUGUCGCAGUUUUCCAACUGGAUUCAAAAACUCCAAAAGGAGAAGAGCAUAACUUUUCCAAGUGUCCUACCAAGCCACUCUUCCACUGAGCAGAAGAUGUGCGGAUUUGUCACCUGGUCAGACUGGGAUCUGGGGGUUUGUUUGCUGUAUGAAUGCAGAAGGAAACAACUGAGAAAACCAGACAUUCUGAACUCUUGGAUUGACCUCAGGCUAACUUACAAGCUAUUCUACAACCGCAAACCAAAAGGAUUAAAUGGAGCCUUACAAGAUGUUGGCAUUGAAUUUGCAGGAAGGGAACAUUCUGGCCUGGAUGAUUCCCGGAACACAGCAAGGCUGGCUUGGAGAAUGAUCUGUGAUGGUUGUGUAAUGAAAAUAACUAAAUCUUUAGAUAAGGUAGUCCCCAAAAUUUCAUCAGAAAGAGCCAAGCCGGUAGUGCCAGCACAAGGUUGUAUAUCUGGACAGGGUGACGUUAAACAGGCUUCAACUAUGACGAUGGUUAAAGAUGACCAUAAAGGUUUAUUCCAAGAUCCUGCUUCUGCACACUCCUACGUAAGCCCUGGACCGAAAACUGUGCAGACUCCUCCAACAGACAAGCAAAAUAAGACCGGCGUCCAACAGCAAAAAGAACCAUCUGGUGGCGCGCACAAACAGCCCCAGACUCUAAUAAAUGGUCUGUCUACUACACUUGGAAAUAGAUAUGGGUUCUCCAGCCUGAAUUCAUUUGGUUCCCUUCAAAACGGAGUACAAAUUGGAGCCUUUACAUCUACACCUAUGGUCCAUUUCCCACACAGCCAUGGUCAAGUACUAAUCUCUACCACUGUUGUGUCUGUGAAUGAGGAGUCUACCCUGGAUCUAGCCUCCAGCUCGGACUUGUCUAUUCUGGCUGACUGGGAAGAAGCAGCAGUUAUAGAGGAUUCCCAAGAUCAAAGUGUUAGAUCCACUAAGCUAGAGGAACCAGUUCUGUUACCAAUGGAUUCACCAUCGGCCAGUGUCUUAAUGUUAAAUAGUGAUCAGGACAAUUUAAAUGAGGGUCCACCGAUGAAAUAUGUUGGAUAUCGACCUGUAGGCCCCCAGUCUAAAUCUGUAGUUUACAAAAGCCCAGACACCACAAUUUAUAAUGUUAAUAUAAAGAAGCAGAUGUGUAAUGGUUCAUCUUUUAAAUUACCCAGUGCUUUGGGAAGCAAAUCAAAUACAACUGCAAUAUCUACUGGCCAGACAAGUAAAAUGCCUACACUAUUGGAUUACUUUCCAAAGAGGAAACUUUCUAGUGUAAGCUUCUACUCUCCACCAAAGAAACUUCCCUUUACCAUACAUGAAGAUCACAGUAACCGCACUUUACCUGUGACUACUCGUUGCCCUCGUGUUGUCCCACGUGCAGUUUUAAAUUCUACAGUCAACAUGAACAGCACCAUUAAAGUAGCAAAAAUGGGCCACAUCACUGCCCCGAUGUGCAACUGUGGUAGAAGGGCUAAGAAGUGUACGGUCUCCACCGUAGGCCCAAACCAUGGCAGGGGUUUCUACAGCUGCUCUGUACGAAAGAGAUAUGAUGAGAACGGGAAAGGCUGUAAAUAUUUUAAAUGGGCAAAUACAGUUCUGAAGGAGAAGUCUUCCAACUCUUCAGUCCUGCUCUCCACCAUUGAGGGGUCGUCUUUUAAUACAAGUCACAACAUUAGUAUGGGGUCUUCAACUUCUCACAAACCAUUUAUCAAUCUAAGACCAUCAAUGAGGACAUAAUUCUUUUGCUGCUAAAUAUAUAAUUUUUAUUAUUUUUUAUCGGAAUGGCAUUGUACAAGUGAUUUGCCAUGUAAUAUGAAUCAUGUUCUGCCAGUCAUAGAGCUAUAUAUACAGUAAGA